GAAAAUACAACACAUUUAAAAGGAGUUAAAUAUUUUUACGGCUCUGUACUGAAUCACAUGGAUCUGAAACGUUUGCAGGCCCACAGAGCCUCGACAUGUGUGGUAUUGGCCGACAAACUGAGCAGUGAUGCCGAUUCUGGCGAUGCAAACACUGUUAUGCGUUACUGUAUAUACAUUGAGGACACUAUUAAAAAGAGAUAUAUCCAUGAGUCAGGUUUUGACACCAUUGAUAAGACCGAAGAGAUCAAUUUACUGAAUAUAACGUCAAUUCCUAUUAAGAAAAGUCAUGACUCCGGAGAUAAUUUACAAACUUCUUCGCCUAAGAAAAUGAAAACAGAGACAAAACUCAAGAGAUAUAAAAGGGAUAACAAAAAAAAGGGAAAGGAGUCGAGGAGUAGGAGCACUAGUAGUAGCAGUACUUCGAGUGAUAGCUCGCGACAAACGGAUGGCAAACACGAAGAGAUUAGACGGGAAUGUGAUUACGAUUCGUGCGCUUUGUUUCAUUACUGUCCCAACAAAUCAAUCGAUGACUGCAUACUUCAAAAGGACAGUCAGCUUUUGAGGCAACUUUCCGAUCAUGUGAUUGUCGGCCUAUUUGUCGGCAGGAAUUCCUCUGCCGUCGAACUCAAGAAUUUGGUGCUAACCCUACGAACCUCUAACAUUGAUGUCAAACACUUGAGACCAGUGCUAAUCGUGGCUGACAUCGAGGCCAUUGCCCGGCAAUGGAUUGCAUUACAGAAUAUUCCGGAGAUAUAUCUCUUCAAUGGAUCCCUUUUAUCACGCGAUGACUUGUAUGCCAUAAAUCUAAUGGUCUGUAAUAUAUGUGUUAUAUUGACACCGAAUGGAUCUGAAGAUAUUGACCCCAAAUUGGCCGACAAAAUGGCAAUACUGGCCACUCUUAACGUCAAAAACAUUACAAUUGAUGAAUCAAUGUUAGCACAAAUACCUGUGACGUCAACCCAUUCAACGACAAGUGCUGAGACAAUGCCUCCUUUAGAGCUACAAAGAAAAGGUUCUUCUUAUGGUGUCAAUGUGUCAGUCAUUACUGAACUCCGGGGCGAAGACUAUCUGCAAAACCUACGCAACGAGUGUCUUAAGUGGAAACCACUUACUGCUCGUACAUUAAGACAUAGAGAUCGCAGUCGAUUCACUCACAUCUCAUUAAGAGGUCCACUAUAUGAGUACAGGGACUCCAAGUAUGGGGAACUGGUGCUACAUCUUUGCAAUUCAUAUGCCUCUUCGGGAGCCAUGAGAUGUACUGACCCGACCAGAACUGAUGUCAAUUGGGUUGUGCCGUCUGUGAGCCCGCUUCUCAUCGAACACAAGAAUAUUCUGGAGUUUGAGGUCUCGAUGAGAGUAGCCAUUGGAGUGCAUGUGUUGGACUCCAUCGCAUACUUGCGAAAAGAUCUCAAAGAUCUCACUCUCGUUCAGGUCUUUGUCUUUGUACUCAUGGACCAGAUAUUGAGCCAAAUCUCCAGAAGCAGCCAUUUCUAG